AUGUUUGAAGCACGUUUAGUACAGAGUGCGAUUUUGAAAAAGGUGUUAGAUGCAAUAAAAGAUCUUUUAACUGAAGCCACCUUCGAAUGUUCUGAUUCGGGUAUCCAAGUACAAGCUAUGGACAAUGCUCAUGUCUCUUUAGUUUCUCUUAAUCUUAGAAGUGAUGGUUUUGAUAAAUACAGAUGCGAUAGAAAUUUAUCAAUGGGCAUGAGCAUUGCCAUGUCCAAAAUUCUACGAUGUGCUGGUUCAGAAGACACAGUAACAUUGCGAGCAGUGGAUAAUCCAGAAAAUAUUACAUUUAUAUUUGAAUCACCAAAUAAAGAAAAACUUGCAGAAUAUGAAAUGAAACUUAUAAAUAUGGACCAAGAACAUCUUGGUAUUCCUGAAACCUCAUAUUCAUGUGUUGUAAAAAUGCCAUCUCAAGAAUUUUCACGUAUUUGUAGAGAUUUAAGCCAAUUUGGAGAAUCAAUAACAUUUGCAUGUUCUAAAGAAGGUAUAAAGUUUAGUGCUUCUGGAGAUUAUGGACAAGCCACUGUUAAAUUAGCACAAACAGCAGAUGCAGAUAAUGAAGAAGAAGCAGUGGUUGUUAAUAUGCAAGAACCAGUAAAACUAACAUUUUCAUGUCGUUAUCUUAAUUGUUUUAUAAAGGCUGGGCCUUUGUGUGCACAAGUACAACUAUCAAUGUCUAAUGAUGUGCCUUUAGUAUGUGAAUACAAAAUUGGAGAUAUUGGGCAUAUUAGAUAUUAUUUGGCACCAAAAAUUGAUGAUGACGAAGAAAAUUAA